GUAUUUAGAGCCGAGGGGAAAUACUCUAAAUCUUCCCUCUGAAAAGGGGGAAAGGGUAUUUUCCCAGCGGCUGAGACUGAGAGCACCAGGAAAAAGCGGCUCUUCUCUGGAGCGAGACAAGGAGUUCCUCCCUGACAUGCGCAGUCCUGCUUCAAGUCUGGGAGCGAGUGGAGCAGCUAAGCCUUUAACCUCUUAAUGGAUGCCCUCCUCCACUGCCAGGGAAGCCUUUCUGUUGCUGCAUAUACAUCCCCCUUGGCAUUCUAUUGAGAAGGCAUCCUAGGGUUAAAGUGAGAGAGACGCAAGUCCCAGAGAGACAAAAGUGGUUGCUUCCGGCUCCCAUCCUUACCUAAAGUGUCCACACACACACCCGGAGUGUCCCAGUCCCAGUCCGGGUUGUGUGGCAAAUGGAAAGGAGGGGAAAAAUCUCUUGUUAGACAGCAACUAGAAUUGCAGAACUCAUCCAGCCCACCAAAUACAGCCAUUCCUGCUGCAAGGAAGAGCAACUAUGACCUCAUUGGAGAUGGAAAUGCAAGACUCCGCUGGCACAGAAACCAUCACACCGGGGAGGAGUGAGGAAUUCUGGGGGAAGGCUGUGGAGAAAAUGCAUAAGCAUGAAAAUAUGCUCAGUUCAGAUAUCCAGCAGUUCCAGGACCUGGAUGCUAAGGGGCCCCGGGAGGUAUGCAACCUAUUGCACUGUCUUUGCUGUCAGUGGCUCAAACCAGAGCGACACACAAAAACCCAGAUGCUGGAUCUGCUGGUCCUGGAGCAGUUCCUGACAGUUCUCCCGCUGGAAAUGAAGAGCUGGGUCAGAGAAUGUGAGCCAGAGACCAGUUCACAGGCGGUGGCCCUGGCAGAAGGCUUCCUCCUCAGCCAGGAAGAGGACAAGAAGCAGGAAUUGCAGCAGGUUCAGGGGCAGUUAGCAGAAUGGACGGCCAAUGUCUCUGAGGCAGAGAAGGCUCCAUCGGACACCAGACAAAAGCCAUUGUCCAGGCGGAACUCUCAGGAGGGUGACGCAGAUGCCGCCUUGCUGGGCCAUGGCAUAGCAGUGGUGAUUUGUCCAAGCUCUUCUGUCUUGGGUAGUGGUGGAGAAAAGGCUUCUAUACGACCAGAUCAGAGUGCUGUGUCUUUUGAGGAGGUGUCUGUACAUUUCACUAAGGAGGAGUGGGCUCUGCUGGAUGCAGACCAAAGAGCCCUGCACAGAGAAGUCAUGGAGGAGAACAGGCAGAAUGUGGCCUCUCUGGCAGGUGAUGAGUGGAAGAGCAAGAAUAAGGGAGAACUUUUUAGAACAUUAGUGGAAAGAGUGAAAUGUAAAAAGGAAGGACAGCAGAGAAAGGAAACUGAAAUAAGAAAAGAAAGGAGGAAUGAAUCCACUGCUCUUCAUGCUGGUGACCACCAUGAAACCCCAAUCCAAGGAAAAAUGGACAAAAUAAAUGAAUGGAGAAAGCACCUAACAUGUGAGGAAAGUUUCCAUUGUAAAUCAAGCCUUAUUUGGAGAGAGAAGUUAGGGGAGGAGUCAUUUAAGUGCUUUGAUUGUGGGGAAAACUUCAGUCGGUACUCAAACCUUAUUAUGCAUCAAAGAAUUCACACAGGAGAGAAACCAUUUAAAUGUUUGGAGUGUGGAAAAAGCUUCAGACAGAACUCACGUCUUUCAGAACAUCAAAGAGUUCACACAGGUGAGAAACCAUUUAAAUGUUUGGAGUGUGGGAAGAAUUUCGGUCAGAGCUCAUAUCUUAAAGAACAUCAUAGAACACACACAGGAGAAAAAUUGUACCAAUGCUUGGAGUGUGGGAAGAGUUUCAGACAUACCUCAGAUCUUAGGAGACACGCAAGUAUUCACAUGGAGGAGAAACCAUUUAAAUGUUUGGAGUGUGGGAAGAGCUUCAGUCAAAACAAAUAUUUUAUAGAACAUCAAAGAAUCCACACAGGCGAGAAACCAUUUAAAUGUUUGGAGUGUGGGAAGAGCUUCAGACAGAAGUCAGUUCUUAAAAGACAUGAAAGAAUUCACAUAGAGGACAAGCCAUUUCAGUGUUUGGAGUGUGGGAACAACUUCAGUCAUAACUCACGUCUUAAAGAACAUCAAAGAAUUCACACAGGUGAGAAACCAUUUAAAUGUUUGGAGUGUGGGAAGAGUUUCAGUCAGAGCUCACAUCUUACAGAACAUCAAAGAAUUCACACAGGUGAGAAACCAUUUAAAUGUUUGGAGUGUGGGAAGAGCUUCAGUAAGAUGUCUGUUUUUAAAAGGCAUGAAAGAAUUCACAUGGAGGAGAAACCAUUUCAGUGUUUGGAGUGUGGGAAGAACUUCAGUCAUAAUUCACGUCUUAAAGAACAUCAAAAAAUUCACAUGGAGGAGAAACCAUUUAAAUGUCUGGAGUGUGGGAAGAGCUUCAGUCAGAGCUCACAUCUUAUAGAACAUCAUAGAAUUCACACAGGCGAGAAACCAUUUCAGUGUUUCGAGUGUGGGAAGUGCUUCAGUCAUAAUUCACGACUUAAAGAACAUCAAAGAAUUCACACAGGCGAGAAACCAUUUCAGUGUUUUGAGUGUGGAAAAAGCUUCAGGUCAAGUUCAGCUCUUAAGACACAUGAAAUAAUUCACACAGAUGAAAAACCAUUUAAAUGUUUGGAGUGUGGGAAGAGCUUCAGUCAUAACUCAGGUCUUAAAAAACAUCAAAGAAUUCACACAGGUGAGAAACAAUUUAAAUGUUUGGAAUGUGGAAAGAGUUUCAGUCAGAGCUCACAUCUUACAGAACAUCAAAGAAUUCACACAGGAGUGAAACCAUUUAAAUGUCUCGAGUGUGGGAAGAGCUUCUGUAAUAACUCAGGUCUUAAAAUACAUGAAAGAAUUCACAUGGAGGAUAAACCAUUUAAAUGUUUUGAGUGUGGGAAGAACUUCAGCCAGAACAAAUAUCUUACAGAACAUCAAAGAAUGCACACAGGCGAGAAACCAUUUAAAUGUUUGGAAUGUGGGAAGAGCUUCUGUAAGAAUUCAGUUCUUAAAAUACAUGAAAGAAUUCAUAUGGAGGAGAAACCAUUUAAAUGUUUGGAGUGUGGGAAGAGCUUCACUCAGAGCUCAUGUCUUACAGAUCAUCACAGAAUUCACACAGGCGAGAAACCAUUUAAAUGUUUGGAAUGUGGGAGGAGCUUCAGAAAGAAGUCAGUUCUUAAAAUACAUGAAAGAAUUCACACAGGCGAGAAACCAUUUAAAUGUUUGGAGUGUGGAAAGAGCUUCCGUUUGGGCAGAGCUCUUAGAAGACAUGAAAAAAUUCAUAAAAAUCCUCACGGGGAUUUGUUCCCCAUCUAAGUGUUCCAAUUUCAUGUGGAAUGACCUCAGUCACAAGUUAGACCUUACAAAACAUUGAAAAAAUUCACAGUGGAGAGAAAUCAUUUAAACCUUUGUUGUGUGUGAAGAGUUUACCUCAGCAACCAGAUCCUUCUAACCAUCUCCAUUCACACAGGAGAAAGGCCAUUUAAUUGUUUAGAGAAAGGUUCAGUCAGAGCACAAGUUUUAAGAAUAAUGAAAUAAUUCACAAUAGGUGAGAUAACAUUUAAAUGCUUGGUGUGUGGGAAGAACUCCAGAGCUCAUGUUUUCCACCAUAUGAAACAAUGCACACAGUUUUAUUAGGAUAUUAUUAGGUUAUUUAUUUUUGUCACUCAGUAUGCAAAAAUGUCCUUCCCUCCAAAUAAGCCAUGCAGGCUAAAAACAAUAUAAAUGCUUUGAGUGUGGAAAGAGCUGCAGUUCAGUAACAAAAAAACCCGCUUUAAGACAAGAGUUAAGAGGCUUUCCGUUUCCCCUCAUGAAAGGGAAUGAAAAUUACAGGUUUAGGUGCCCAUCAUAACUUCCAUACCGUGUAAGCUAUGUAGACCUUUUACAAAUUGGUUUAUUAUGCUGGCUCCACAAAUGAGGCUUCAUGUACCCACACUUGGCCUUGAUCUUUCAGCUGGACACUGAGCUGAGAAAGGACGUGGCACAUCCAGGCAGAAAUUCUAGAAGUUCUGCUUCCCCAGUCUACUCCCUUAGUUGCACUUGAUGCAUCUCAACGGAGAGCUGGUAAAAACUGAGCUGUAGCAACCAGAAACUGGCAUGCAUCUUUGUAAGAAGAUGUCCACAAACAGAGGGUUUUAGAGGGUAGGGAAGCAAAGGUUGUCUUUUUAACUGUCUUUAAAAAAAAGAAAAAAAAGAAUGACAAGUGAUGACAGUUAGGAAGUGGGGAGUGUUGGCUAGAGAGGGACCAGUAAUGAAAGAAGGAAGAGGUCAGUGUGAGAGCUCCUGUAGAAGACUGAGCAAGGGGGUUGUUCAGGGUGUUUUGUAGGAAACUUUGGGGACGUAUUGAGCAGAGACUGUAGGAGACCAGUGGUGAACUGGAGCAGUACUUUGGGUUUGGAAAGUGGGUUUCAGAACAAGUUGCACUAAUAAGACAAUAUAUACCCCUGUCCUAGUCCGCUUAGCAAGCUUAAGGAGGAUGUGUGACAAGGAGGUCACAUAUCAUGCUCAGGAUUGUGCUUCACAAUCGCACAAAAUAGCAACAUUGUAAUGAAGUUCAUGUGGCCUCCUUAGUAGGAAUUCUGUUACCAUUUUAAACCAAUAAUAAACUUCUUCUUAGGUGUUUCACAAUUUACACUUGGUUGUUUCAUAUGUACUGACCAUUUAUCCUGUUCUGCCCUCACAAGGCUACAUUGCGAAGAGGAGAUAUUCACUAAGGGCAGAGUAACAAACCUUAUCAUAUGGUGGCAGCACAAGAUAAAGUCUAAACAAAAAAAAGGGAGGUGGUGGGAACCCUAAUACUUCCAGCGAACAUGCUAAUUCAACCAGGGCAAAAUCAAAACAAAACAAAACACAUCCUUGCAUUUAGGGUGGGCUUGUGCGUUGGUGUGCAUAUAUGUUUUUGUUAGAUUUAUUAUCUGCAUUUUUUCUUGGGUUUGUUAACUUUUGUACAGUGGUUAAUGAGCCAUUAAGUAUGAAAUAUUUGAAAUUCCUAAAGUAUUUUUGUGUUAAUAUAUUGAUCCAUUAAUACAUGCAUUGAUGCAUUAAGACCUGCAUGUCUCUCGUACUAUAACGCACAUUACACUCUAAGAUGCCUUUUAAGGUAUAGAAUUCCUACUACAUAAAUUACCUUAUUGUUGUGGUCAAAAGAUCUAUCUGAAUAUUAUAGAGUGGUACGAAGUGCAUUUAUUGCCUUAGGUAUCAUGAAAAUAAAAUUCUUAUUUGUAAAA